AUGACAACAACUAUAAACCCAAAUGUAUACAUUGAGUUAGCACCAUCAACACCUGAUAGAUUGAAUAUAGUCGAUUUUAAUUAUCCGUUACGAUGUUGUUUCAAAGUAUAUGGAGUUAACUCAGUUACAAAUACACGUUACUUCAUAUAUGAUCGAAAAAUUAAUUUACAACAAGCCAGUAUUACAGAUGGAAUUAAUUUACAUCUAAAUAGUUUACCUCGUCAACAACAACGUUAUCGUUUAGAAUUAACUGGUGAAGAUAAUCAACAAAUAAAAUUUAAAGGCAUUACGUCCAUUACGCUUAAAUAUGAUGCUGAUGAUAUUCUUUAUGAAAUUUUUUCUUAUUUAUCUCCAGUUGAUAUUCUUCAAUCAUUUUUAUUAACUAAACGUUUAUCAAGAGUGAUAAUAAAUGAAUAUUUGUGGCACAUUCAUAUUGGUGAUUCAACAAUCUCAUUAUUAAUCUUCAGUAAUUAUUGCAAUAACCUCUUGAAAUUAAUAGGAGGUCGCAUUGUCUCAUUACGUUUAACAUUAACCAAUGUUAUUGGUGGAUGGUCACUCAUUUCAUCUUAUCUUCGAUAUCAUCAAACAACAUUACUUCAACGUCUACAUCUCAUUGACAUUAACCCACAUGAAUUUGAUAAAUUAUUGCGUAAUCAACUAAUAAAACAGUUACAUACUUUAUUAGUUGAUGUAACACCUUAUAAUCCAUUUCAUUGUUUUCAAGUUGAAGGAAUUUAUCUAGUUAAGGUAUGUUCACGAAUGCCUCUUUUAAAAAUUUGUCGACUUCCAUUUAAUCAUGAUGAUGGAAAUGUUAAUAAAAUAGAAAACUAUUCAUUAAAAUAUCAAAUAACUUUACCAAAUUUAUUAAGUAGAAAUCAUCUUCGCACAUUAACUAUUGGUAUACAUACGUCACGGUUUAUCGAACGUUUAUUAUUAUCUAUACCAUUUAUUGAAAAUCUUUCUUUUGGCAUAAAAGAUAAAGAUAUUAAUGAGAACGAUGAUGCGCAUGAUAAAAUCACGUUACCGGCCGGUAGUGAUGCUCAUCUUGAAUAUUUAUCUCGUCUACGUAUACAUUGUUUGAAUAGCAUAAGUUUUCAUCGAACGAUUGCUCUUUUAUCGUCUGUACUUAGUGAUAUUAUUCAAGAAUUAUGUAUUGAUCGUCUUAAACCAAUGGCAACCUAUAGUCUUAGUUUAUUAUUAUAUGUUGAGGACGACUUAGAAGAAAAAAUAAUUUUCAAUUCAUUUUUUAAAGUUCCAUUUAUUCAUCGACAAAGCCCGAGAGUUUUUAUUCAAGAAUACAAUGAUUCUGAUAUAAGUGAUACAAAUCAUUGUUUUAUGGUAUAUACUUUUCCAUAUAAUGAUACAAUUCUUUCAUCAUAUAUAUUUUCUACAAAUCUUGAAAAAUUUUGUCAAAAUCCGACUGAUGUAACAGAUUUAUUUCCACGUGCUAAUACAUUAUCUUUCUAUGGUUAUAACAAGACCAAUUGUGUUCGAGAUCUUGCCAAUUGUAGAAGUUCUAUAUCAUCAUUAGUUCCGUGGUUAUUGUUAACAAAUAUUAAAAUCAAUCAUAGUGAUGUUAUUACUCAACACACAUUAGUGUCAAUAUUAGGUAUGGGUUAUAAUGUACAUACACUAGAUAUAGUUGAUGAUAGAGGAAUUUUAGUUCGUACGAUUUUGCAUAAUAAAGAUAAAUUCGGAACUCAAAUCAAUGAACAAGUAAGAAAUUCUAUUUUAAAAUAA